GGGACUUUUACUGCAGUAUAACAUUGAUGAACGGCGCAUCGGUUGCAACUCUCUGUCACCAAGACACGUAUCUAUGGACGAUAAUUCAGAGAAGAUUAGACGGAUCUGUUAACUUCAAGCAAAACUGGGCCGAAUAUCGAACCGGGUUUGGCACUCGUGACUCCGAAUUUUGGAUAGGGAAUGAAAACAUACAUCAGCUAACAAAUGAGGGAUAUACACACCUUAGAAUCGAGCUGAUGGAUCAUGACUGUGUUUGGAGAUAUGCUGAGUACAGUAGCUUCUAUACAGAGGGAGAGGGAACAAAAUACAGACUGCACGUAUCCGGUUAUUCUGGAGAUGCAGGGGACAGCUUUCUUUACCACAACAAUAUGUACUUCAGUACUUCUGAUAACGACAACGAUAAAAUGCCUGCUUUCAACUGCGCCCAGAAUAGAUUGGGAGGUUGGUGGUAUAAUUUUUGUCAUGAGGCGAACCUUAAUGGUGAGUACAGCAACACGGACUACUCUAACGGCAUCAACUGGAACGCCUGGAGAGGGUUCUAUUACUCCAUGAAGGAAGUGAGAAUGAUGAUAAGGAGAUAACCCUGACUUUGAGUCCUGUGGUCACAAAAGAUGUACUUACUACAAUAUUUGCACAGA